AAACUGGCUCACACUCACAAUCACGGAAGCAGGAAGUGGUGUUUGUUAUACACCUGCUUGUAUCUAAUACAGUACACUCCACUCUGUGUUUCUAUGCAGCCUCUCUCUCCCCACUGUCAGUAACCUGCUCUCACUCACGCUACGGCAGCAGAAUGUCAGACGAGGAGACCUUCAAGCCUGUACAGCUGGACCAACCUGCCACAGAGACCACCCAACCAGAACCACAGGCCCCUCAGCCUGAGUCCAGUUCAGCUGACCCUCCCACCGCUCCACCUGCUGAACAGAAAACAGAGUCAAACUGGCAGGCUCCAGAAACAGGAGAGAAGACGCCAGCUCAAGCCGUAGCCGCGGCCUCCAGUGAAGCUGACCAGGCAGGGAAGUGGGCAUCCACCGUGGAACAGUUCAAGCUCAAGAGAUUUUUUGUCCUUCGGCCUGGGACUCUGGACCAUGCUGUUGAGGAUCUUAAACGGCUGGUGAAUCAGAAGGAUGAUGGUGCUGUGCAAAGUGUUUGGCUGUUGACUGAGAUUGAUCACUGGAAUAAUGAGAAGGAGAGGUUGGUAUUGAUAACGGAGAACUCACUCCUGAUCUGCAAGUAUGAUUUUAUCAUGCUGAACUGUGAGCAGAUCCAGAGAAUUCCUCUCAACUUCGUGGACCGAAUUACCCACGGAGUCUUCACCUUCCCCCCUCGCUCUCUGCUCAAGCGUGAGGGUCACGGUUUGCGGGUGUUCUGGGACAGGCUGAGGGAGCCCUCCUUCACGUCCCGCUGGAACCCUUUCGCUGUAGAUUACCCCUACACUACACUGACCUACCACCCCGUCCGCAACGCCAGCGAGAAGCUCAGCACCAUCUGUGAGAUAAACUCUUUCAGGGAGCAGCUGACCGCCGCAGCGCAGAAAGCCCACGCUCAGAACCCGGUUCCAGGUAAAGCUAAUGGAGUUCUGGUUCUGACGCAGCCCAUUGUCAUCGAGGCGUACGUCGGACUCACAUCUGCCCUUGGCAACCAGAACAAGCUGGGAUACUGCCUGGCACGAGGCAACGUCGGAUUCUGAGACACUGUGGAGAAACGUGUGAAUCAGACCACUGUUGUAACAGAACUCAUAUCUCAUAUCAGACCUGUCCGUUAAUAUGAAGGGAGAGAAAGGUUCAUAUUGUACUUAGCUACUUACUGCGUGAAAUAUGAGGUAAAUGUUUUAUUUUUGUGUUUUGUUUUAUUGAGAAUGGCAUAAUUAAUAGAUUUUUUUAAUAUAUUGUAAUUUGACAAAAUAAAUGAAAUGAAAGAAAUUGUUGAAUGGUGGCAAAAGCAUGCAGUAGAGUAGGAAAGUUUUUAUUCUGAAUGUAAAAGUUUUAUUCAAAGUGAUUUUUACUGUUUAAUAUUGUAAUUUUAAUGAAAUGUUAAGGAUAUCUUGUUUUGAAUUAAACAAAAGUCCUUUUA